AUUGCCUGCUUUACUUCCUCCCCUCGUGGUCGGCGUGAAUUAUGUCGGACAGAAUAUCGUCACUCGCGUCGCGGCUUGUAGACCCGAACGAUGAGUCCAGAAGGAAUCGGGACGGGGACAGCGACGAGGACGAGGAUGCCAUCUUCGCCGAGCUCGAGGCGGAGAUCGAGAACGACGAUGAUGCUGCGACACGAGAGAAGGGUAUGGCGAUACUCAGGAGCGAGAUGGAACGAGUGAAGCAGAUGCAGGAGAACCAUUACGGGCAAUACACCGAGAUCCAGGACGAGAAGGAGGUCAUUCGAAUAACUGCGCGCGAACCACGCUGCGUCGUGCACUUCUACCACUCCAACUUCAAGCGAUGCGCGAUCAUGGAUAAGCACCUUGCUAAACUCGCGCCGAAGUACUACAACACGCGCUUCUUCCGCGUCUUCGUCGAGAACAUCCCUUGGCUGGUAGAGAAGCUCCAGAUCAAGGUCCUUCCAUGCGUGAUCGUAUUCGCCGACGGUGUUACGAAGGAUAGACUUGUCGGCUUCGAGGAGCUUGGGAAUAACGACGCAUUUGACACCGCUGCGUUGGAGUUGCGGUUAUCCAUGUCUGGCGUUCUCAAGAAACCAGGAAGUGGCCUCGACCCCGUCUUUAAGGUAUCAUCAUCGUCGAAACAUCAGGACAAUGAAGACGAGUUCGAUCUGGACGAGUGAAUACCCUUUGCACCUCUGUCACCGGCAUAUUCACGAGUAACUUACCUUGCGAUAAUACGAUCGCAUGCAUACUUGAAGCAAGCC